AACCCACUCGGUCACCCUCUUCUCUCUUUCUUUCUCUUACCAUAUGUCAAACCAAAAACCCAACCCUUCCUUUUUCACCAACCCUCUCUUCCUCUUUUACCUCUCUGUCUGCUCAUUUAUUCAUUCAUCUCCAUCAUAUCUUCUCUCUUCUAUACCCUUUUUCGUCUUUUCACCGGUUCCAAAUCGGACGUCCCACUUUCCUCCACGUCACCAUCGUCUUCUUCACCACCUUGUCCCCCGUCAUCUUCUUUCACUGUCUUCUCUCUUUAUUAAUUUGCAAUUUCAAUGAGCCUCUCGAUUUUAGGGUUUUCGAAUCUCUCUCCUGUUUGACUCUCCAAUCUCUCGCGCGAACGAGGUCAGGUAUCAAUUACGGUUAGGGUUUUGAAAUUGGAGUGAGUUAGUUAUCAUAUAGAGCUUGUCAAUGGCGAUUGAGAAGAACAAUUUUAAGGUAUCUAAUAGGUUUGACGCGGAGCUUUCUCCCAAUAGUAGGGAUACUAGCAUGUCCAGCGACGAGGAUGAGGAUGACCUGCUUCAUCACCAGCGGAUUAAGUCUGAUGAUGACGAGGAGGAGGUUGAGGAUGCUGUUGAUGUAGGUGUUGAAGAGGAUGAUGAUGAUGAAUUCGACGAUGCUGAUUCGGGGGCGGGAUCUGAUGAUUUUGACUUGUUAGAAUUAGGGGAAACCGGGGCGGAGUUUUGCCAAUUUGGGAAUUUAACCUGCAGUGUUCCUUUUGAAUUGUAUGACCUUCCUGGCUUGGAGGAUAUUUUGUCUGUUGAUGUGUGGAAUGAUGUUUUGACUGAAGAUGAUAAAUUUAGCCUUACUAAGUAUUUACCUGAUGUGGAUCAGGACACCUUUAUGCGAACCCUUAAAGAGCUUCUCGAGGGUGGGAAUUUCCAUUUUGGUAGUCCCCUCAACAAGUUGUUUCAGAUGCUUAAGGGAGGGUUGUGUGAGCCAAGGGUUGCCCUUUAUAGGGAUGGUUUGAAUUCCUUUCAGCAACGGCAGCAUUACCAUAUUUUGAGGAAGCAUCAGAACAGUAUGGUUAGUCAUUUGUGCCAGAUAAGAGAUGCUUGGCUUGAUUGUAAAGGGUAUAGCAUCGAUGAGAAACUUAGGGUUUGGAAUAUUAUGAAGAGUCAUAAGAGUUUGAUGUAUGAGAAUGUGGAGGGAGAAUUGGAGAGUGGCUCAUCGGAUAAAGGAGAAUCAGGUGAUGGGUUUUGGGGAAAAAGGGUUAAAGAUAAGAAGAGUGCAUCCAAAUUUGAUCGUAAUUCAGCAUACCAGGUUGGUUCUAAUUUGGAAUUUUCUUCACCAGUCAGUUUGGAAGUGGUAAAGUAUGGAAAGCAAAAUCCCAAGAGUAUACUUAAGUCGGCCGGGUCAAAAGAUCUUUCAACUAGAGAUGUGCUGGGUCGAAUUCCUUCUGAUCAUCAUGGUUUGGGGAUGACUUCAAGGCCACGUCGAUCAGCCUUGAUGGUUUCUCGGCAGAAUAAGCUAGCUGGGUAUGACUCAGGAGAUGCACUCAGGCUAAGGGAUCAAACGAGAACUGAUAAUGAUGAUGCUGAAUAUGCAAUGUAUGGAAUGGGUGUCCAAAGAGAUCGAAAUAUGACACGUGGUGGUGAUAUGGUGAAAUCCAGGGUUCCAAAAGUGGGAAAGAAGCAUGAGUUCUUGAGAAGUGAUGGAUUAGCUGCUGACAGUUUCAUGGAUUUGCCUUUCUCUUCAAACAAUGAAUUACUUGCCUAUGGUAGGAACAAGAAUGCAAAUCAGCUGUCAGAAGCUAAAGUGUUCGCGUCAAAUCGUAGCAAUACUCGGACCAAGUCUGAAUCUUCCAAAAAGACCAAGUAUGCUGAAAAUUUUUCGCAAUUCACAGUUCCUGAUCAGAUGAAGUAUUUGAAAGGCCGGACUCUGCAGCUACCCCGUAAAGGUAAUCGAGUUGAAUUGUCAGAUCAUGCCGAACCAGUUUGGCAUAGCAAGAACCAAGGAGAAGUUUUCUCUAUGGAUUCUACAUUUAAAAUUAAUGACUGGAAUAUGAGAGGCAAGAAAUGGAGGACAGAGAGAGAGUCUCCGGAUCUUAAUUUUAGAGCUUAUAGAGCAUCCUCGCCCCAGGUGAAUGAUAGAAUGGUGCUGUCUGAGGUGAAAGCAAAAUCAUCACGGGAGAAGAUCAGAGGGAAUGUUAUACAGAAUGGAGGACCAGAUAAGGGAGCAUUGAAAGGUAACAGAAUUUAUGUAAAAGGUGAAGAAACAGAAACGGACUCUUCUGAACAAUUUGAGGAGGAGGAGCAGGAGGACGAGGAGGAGGAGGAGGAGGAGGAGGAGGAUAGCAAUCCUUUGAUGAGAAGCAAGUCAGCUUACCCCAUUGGUAUCUCAGAAGGUUAUCGAUCAUCCUUUUUGAAGUCUCGCUUAGAUGCUAAAAAGGCCUCAUCUAUUAAGAAAGAUACGCUGGAGAAUGAACUAGCUUUCGACGGUGUCACUCAGUUCUCCAAAAAGGUGGGUGGCUUUACCGAGUCUGGACAAAUGCCUGGAUACUCAUCAAAAGCUAAACAGAAGGGUAAGAUGCAAGAGACGCGUAGCUCUAGUGCUAGAGUUUUGGAAGACAGCUCUCCCAUUGGCUUGGCUAAACUAAAAGAUGAUAAUGACAGAAACCGGGUACACAGAUUUGGCAAGAUUGGUCAAUUGCGUGUGGAAUCUGGUGAAAGGUCACGCAGGACCUCGUCAAAAGCCCACCCUUCUGACAGAAAGCAUAAAGGUGAAGUUAGCCAUGAAUUUAUUGUUGAUGACGAGGAUGAGUUACUUGAAACACAGUUAACGUCAGAUGAAAAUGCACUGGGUAGAUUCCGGAAGAAAGGACAGAGCAUGGAAACAUAUGUUCAUGGUCAAAGUGACCGAUCUGAGGCUUCGUUGCUAGCGUGCAACUCGGUGACGAAGAAACGGAAAGCAAAGUACAAAGUGAUGGACAUGGCUGGAAGAGAUGAAGAUAGUAAUAGGCAGUCUAGUAGUGCUCAGCAGCAAAUUGAUGACUCCAUUUCAUUGAAGAAAAAAGGGAAAAGGAAAUUGGAGGCUGACGAUGUUACUCCAGACAGGGAAACUCCUGAGGCACACAUUCCAAAAACAGGAGUGGUGGAUGUGGAGCUGGAAGCCAAACCUCAGAAAAAACCGUAUAUUCCGAUUACACCAACAGUUCAUUCUGGCUUCUCCUUUUCCAUUAUACAUCUCCUCUCAGCAGUUCGUGUGGCAAUGAUCACUCCUCUUUCAGAAGAUUCCUUAGAGGUUGGCAAGGCUACAGCAGAGCUGAACAGAGCGCAAGAAGGUGACACCAAUGGGGUUCUUUCUAAUGAGAAUGUAGAUGUUAAUAAAUCACACCCUGCUGUGCAAGUGAAAAUGCCCUCUCUUACUGUACAGGAGAUUGUUAACCGUGUGAGAUCAAACCCUAUGGAUCCAUGUAUACUCGAGACACAGGAGCCACUCCAGGAUUUGGUCAGAGGAGUUCUUAAGAUAUUUUCAUCGAAAACAGCACCUUUAGGAAUAAAGGGUUGGAAAGCACUUGUUUUUUAUGACAAAUCUACAAAAAGUUGGUCCUGGAUUGGCCCAAUUUCUCAUGCUUUGACUGAUGAGGACACUAUCGUUGAAGUGACAUCUCCUGAAUAUUGGGGCCUUCCUCACAAAAGUUGUGUCAAGUUGGUCGACUCAUUUGCUAAUUGGCUGAAAAGCGGGCAAGAGACUCUUCAACAAAUUGGUAGUCUUCCCGCACCGCCUGUGUCAUUGAUGCAAUGUAACCUGGAUGAGAAAGAAAGGUUCAGGGACUUGAGAGCUCAGAAAAGUCUCAACACUAUUAGCCCGAGUUCUGAAGAAGUUAGAGCUUAUUUUCGCAGGGAAGAAGUGCUGAGGUAUUCAAUUCCUGACAGGGCCUUCUCAUACACGGCUGCUGAUGGUAAAAAAUCUAUUGUUGCUCCCUUGAGGAGGUGUGGUGGUAAGCCAACUUCAAAAGCUCGAGACCAUUUCAUGCUGAAGCGUGAUCGACCACCUCAUGUUACAAUUCUUUGCCUUGUGAGAGAUGCAGCUGCUAGAUUGCCAGGUAGUAUUGGCACUAGAGCAGAUGUUUGUACUUUGAUACGGGACUCUCAAUAUAUUGUUGAAGACGUGUCUGAUGCCCAAGUGAAUCAAGUUGUCAGUGGAGCCUUGGAUCGUUUGCAUUAUGAGCGCGAUCCUUGUGUGCAAUUUGAUGGAGAAAGGAAAUUGUGGGUUUACUUGCACAGAGAUCGAGAAGAAGAAGAUUUUGAAGAUGAUGGAACUUCAUCUACUAAGAAAUGGAAAAGACAGAAAAAAGAUCCUGCUGAUCAAUCUGAUCAAGGAACAGUUACUGUUGCUUUUCAUGGGACAGGGGAUCAAUCCGGAUUUGAUUUGGGCUCUGACCUGAAUGCUGAGCCACUAGCCGCUGAUGAUGAUAAAAGAACAGAUCUUGUAUGUAGUGAUGUGAGGCAUAACGCAGAGGAUAAUAUUGAUACCUCUCAUGGGCCCAAGCAAGGCAGCACAUAUGACGGUGAUGCAAUGGUUUGGGAUGCCCUUAGCUUAAAUCCUUUGCAAGAGAACAAAGUGAUAUGUCAAGAAAAUUCCACAAAUGAAGAUUUUGAUGAUGAAACAUUUGAGAGAGAAAGGCCGGCUGGACUUUUAAGUACAAGCUUAUUAUGAAUAAUUUUUCAGGUGCAGAAGUUCAUCUAUGUUAGAAGGAAUGGUCCAGUCAUCCUUUUCCAGGUGUCAUACCUAAAAUGCUAUUAUAUGUACAUUGAUGAUUCUAGUGCAAAAUGUAGAAUAAUCAUUUUGAAAUGUAGGUCAACGUACCCCCCUUGGAAUGAACAAGGUGUUACAAGUGAGCUUGAUGAGGACUGAAUAUGGAUCUGAUGAGCACUGCCAGGAGAGAAGUUUGAAAAACAUAGCCGUUACUACAUUACUAUUAUGUCGAUCAAACGCUGCGGCACCGUUUCAAUAAACAACACACUCCCCUUAUCUUGCAUUACAAUAGCUCAACACGUGUAAUAGGCAGAGAGAAUGUUUUGUCAUCUCUUGUUUUUUCUCUUAUAUUAGCUUUGUAGCAGAAUGGGGUAUGGUGAAUGAAUGAGCAGAAAUCCAAAUGUUGGAUUCUCUUUUCCUAAA